GGUAGCAGUAAUGAUGAUGACAGAGUCCGUUACCGAGGGCGGGUUCCAUGAGCCUUCAUCUUUUCUCUGUAACACUGAAUUUCUGCACACAAGAAGAGAUCGGGUUUCAGUUGAGGAAUCCAAACUCCUCCAAUCUCACCUCCCUUCUCUUCCCUGUUCUCAGAUCUCAGACCCCAUCACGCAUCUCCAUGCACUCUUUAUUGUUUUACUGCUAAAUAACAAAUUCAAUAUCUCAGUUUCAUCAGAUUCUAACUCUCUCCUUGCAUGGACGGUCCCCUCUCAAUCUCACCAAUCUCUACGGCGUUGGCAUUAUCAUCAUCACCAUGAGAGCUACACAUUUUAUCUUUCAGAGCUUCGUUUCCUUUUGGGUUCUGAUAUGGGCUGUGGAGGAUCCAAAGUCGAUGAUUUGCCGCUGGUAACUCGUUGCAGAGAGCGAAAAGAACUUAUCAAGGCUGCUUCUGAUCACCGUUACGCUCUUGCAGCUGCUCACGUCUUGUAUUUUCACUCACUGAGGAAUGUUGGCGAGGCAAUUCGGAGAUUUGUUGACGAGGAGCUUGUGUUCGCUUCUUCUUCUUCUCCUGGGUCCCCUGUUCUAACAUUACCCUCACGGGAAGGGAAAUCUAAGGCAAAAUCCAAAAACUUGUCCUCAUCGACGUCGAUUUCACAUUCUGUGGACGAUACCAAUCUUAAAAAGAGCAUAAACAAGGAGCAGGAGGAGAUUGAAGAUUCGCAUUUGCAUUUGUCAUCUGAGUCGGACUUGGACUCUGAUUCGGGUCACAUCCACAUUCACGAUAUCCCUGAAGAGGAAGAAGCAGAAGAAGAAAUAGUUCAGCAACGAGAAGUACCUUCAAGUUCUUACAAUUUCAAUGACUAUCCUCAAGGAAAUUGGAGUUAUAAUUAUCCUGGAGAUAAUACAUAUCCAUACCCGUUUCCCUUUUCUAAUCCUUAUCCCAACGUCUAUUACAUGAAGAGGUCUGCCACUCCGGCGAAGACGGUGGUAUAUGAGGAUCCAACAAUAAAUGGGUACUCCAGUUAUUAUGGAAAUGGCGGGUACUUUGGGUACUCGAUUAUGGGUUCGCCGCAGAAGGAGCCAAGUCCGCAGAGGCCGCCACCAGUGCCGCCAUCGCCGCCGAGAGUGUCUACCUGGGAUUUUCUGAACGUGUUCGAUGCAUAUGAUAACGGUAGUGGUGGGCUUCCGAGUUAUUAUUCAGUGGGAAGAUACGGGUACGGGUCGACAACCAGUAGUCCGGAUUCGAAGGAGGUGAGAGAAAGGGAAGGCAUCCCUGAAUUGGAAGAUGAAACAGAGCAAGAGGUGAUAAAAGAAAUUGCCAAAGAAAAGAAGAAAGUGAAAGAGGAAAUGAAUGUGAAUGACAAAUACAAAUCCAGUGAAGAAGUUAUUAAGAAUAAUGGAGAGGGUACCUCAAACUCCAUUCCAGUUCAAAGCAGCAGUGGGAGUACGGACUCAGUUAAGGAUAAUGAAAACGAAGGCAGUACUAGUCCUGAUACAUUUAGCAGUCCUGACAGUAUUAUCUCUUCUAAGAGUUCUGCUGAGGAUCCUGUGAGGAAGAAAGGAGUGAGCUUUGAGGUUGAGGAGGCAUCUAUCAGGGAUGUUGAGUCUUCUAAACCCAGUAGCUUAACUACAUUGUCUGUUCAUGGGACUAGGGAUCUCCAGGAAGUGGUGGAUGAAAUCAAGGACGGGUUUGAGACUGCCUCUAGUUAUGGGAGAGAGGUAGCAACGUUGCUUGAGGCAGGCAGAUUGCCUUACCAGCCAAGAACCACCUUUCUAAGAGUAAUUUUUUCACGGAUUUUGUAUCUGGUGUCAUCACAUCCUCCUACCAGGCCAUCGGUGCAAAUCUCUUCUAGGGCAACAAAAAUGGCAAAAGCAUACUCUGAGGAACCUGGAAAUGAUUUUGACAUGAAGGCUAGAAACCUAUCAUCUACCCUGGAGAAAAUUUAUGCAUGGGAGAAAAAACUAUACAAAGAAGUUAAGGAUGAAGAAAGGCUACGAGUUGACUAUGAAAAACUAUACAAAAGGUUAAAAAGUUUAGACGAACAUGGAGCUGAGCCCAGUAAAAUUGAUGCUGCCCAGGCUUCAAUAAGGAAGUUACAAACAAAAAUUAAUGUUACUAUCAGAACUAUUGAUUCCAUAUCAAGCAAGAUACACAGGUUGAGGGAUGAAGAAUUACAGCCUCAAAUCACUGAAUUGAUUCAUGGAUUGAUGCGGAUGUGGAACUCCAUGCUAAGAUGCCACCAGAAACAGUUCCAAGCUAUCAUGGAGAGCAAAGCUCGUUAUCUCAAGGCAAACAGUGGUUUGCAAAGAGAUUCUGGUUUGAAAGCUACUCUUGAACUUGAAACAGAGUUAAUCAAUUGGUGCACCUGCUUUAAUAAUUGGGUCAACACCCAAAAAUCUUAUGUUGAGUUAUUAAAUCAGUGGCUUUUAAGGUACCUUCUGAUUGAACCUGAAGAAACACCAGAUGGAAUAGCCCCAUUCUCUCCAAGCAGAAUGGGAGCUCCACCAAUUUUUGUAGUUUGCAAUGAUUGGUAUCAAGCAAUGGUUAGAAUUUCUGAGAAGGGGGUGGAAAAUGCCAUGCUCAAUUUUGCUUCAAGCUUGCAUCAACUAUUGGAGCGGCAAGAUGAGGAGCAUGGACAGAGGAUCAAAGCAGAUUACAUCUCAAAGGAUUUUGAGAAGCGUCUGCAUACCUUAAGCAUGGAGAGGGGGAGGAUGGAAGCAUUGUCAGAUAAAGCUAUGUCGAAGGUUCCUUCAGAAAGUGGAGUUUCACCCUUAGAUGAUCUGAAGGUGGAAUUAGAUUCAAUGAAGAAGAAAUUAGAAGAAGAGAGAUACAGCUAUAAGGAAGCUGCAAAACUAGUUCAUGAUGCAGCUUCAGGUAGUUUACAAUCAGGUCUGGUCCCAAUUUUUGAGGCUUUGGGCAACUUCACUUCAGAGGUUUUGAAAGCUCAUGAGCAAGUUAGGCUUGAAAAUGCUGGAUGCUCAUAGUAAACUCAUCCUAUGAAUUUAGCAGUACAGAGGAUGAUAUAGGAAGGAGCCUGCCUUGCUCUGUACAGUUGGAUUGAGAUUAUAACAUUUAGAAUGAUCAGAUCUGCAGAGGAGCUUCAAUGAAAGUUGUUGAAAAAAGGUGAGGUCGCAGAAUUGCAUAAAGAAGCUAAAGAUUCAGUGGAAAAAGAAAGAAAAUGCUGGUGGGUAAAGCCAAACUCUGCUUUUCUUUUAUAAUGUGGUUUUACCAACGGUAAGGCUAUAGGAAGCACGAGUUUAUGCGAAUGAGCUUAACAAUAAUUAAUUAAAUAUUUAGUUAUAGAUUCGUGCAUUCACUUUUAAUUAAUUUUAC